AUGCAGUCAGCGCUUUGCCACACCGGGGGCCGCGUUUUGCGCCCCAUCGACCGGAGCUCCAGGGCUUCCGGAAGCGCACCUCUACCUGUGGUGCGGCGCGCGAGCACGGUUGCACGUUAUUUGCCCUCAAGCAAAAUUCAGCACGCAUGGAGCGUUGAACGCGAGACUCACCACACAUAUGUGGACCCGGCCGAGUGGAUUGAUGAGGCCGCUAUCUUCAAAGCCCUCGAGUUGACAAAGGAGCACGCCAAGGACCCGGCACGGGUUCGCGACAUCCUCGCCAAGGCCAAGGAGAAGGCCUUUGUCACGGAGCAUGACCCCGUCAACGUUGGCUCCAAGUCAGAGUUUGUACAGGGUUUAAGCCUGGAGGAGUGCGCCACACUCCUGAAUGUGGACGAGAACAAUGUGGAACUGAUGAAUGACAUCUUCGACACGGCUCUGGCCAUCAAGAACCGCAUUUACGGAAACCGAGUUGUGCUGUUCGCGCCGUUAUACAUUGCCAACCAUUGCAUGAACACAUGCACGUACUGCGCCUUCCGGGCCGGGAACACGGGCAUGGAGCGCUCCGUGUUAACCGAUGACGACCUGCGUGAAGAGGUGGCGGCGCUGCAGCAGCAGGGCCACCGCCGCAUCCUGGCGCUCACGGGAGAGAGCCCCAAGUACUCGUUUGAGAACUUUCUUCACGCGGUUGACGUGAUCGGCUCCGUCCACACGGAGCCCUUUGGCAGCAUCCGCCGCAUCAAUGUGGAGAUUCCGCCGCUGAGCGUGUCGGACAUGCGGCGCCUCAAGGAGACUGAUAAGGUCGGCACGUUCGUGCUGUUCCAGGAGACGUACCAUCGGGAGACGUUCAAGAAGAUGCAUCCCUCGGGUCCCAAGAGCGACUUCGACUACCGAGUCCUGACGCAGGACCGUGCCAUGCGAGCGGGUUUGGAUGAUGUGGGCAUUGGCGCGCUGUUCGGCCUGUUCGACUACCGCUACGAGGUGUGCGCCAUGCUAAUGCACUCGGAGCACCUCGAGCGCCACUACAACGCCGGGCCACACACCAUCAGUGUGCCGCGCAUGCGUCCUGCGGACGGCUCCGAGCUGUCCAUUUCACCCCCUUACCCGGUGGACGAUGCGACGUUCAAGAAGCUGGUUGCGGUCAUCCGUAUCGCGGUGCCGUACACGGGAAUGAUCCUGUCCACCCGCGAGUCGCCCGAAAUGCGCUCCUUGCUGCUCAAGUGUGGCAUGAGCCAGAUGAGCGCCGGCAGCCGCACCGAUGUGGGCGCCUACCACAAGGACCACACGGCCAACACCGAGGCCAACCUUGGCAAACUGGCCGGCCAGUUUUCGCUGAUGGAUCACCGGCCCACCAACGAGAUCGUGGACUGGCUCAUGGCCGAGGGCUACGUGCCGUCCUGGUGCACGGCGUGCUACCGGCAGGGCCGCACGGGCGAGGACUUCAUGAAGAUCUGCAAGGCCGGUGACAUCCACGACUUCUGCCACCCCAACUCGCUGCUCACACUGCAGGAGUAUCUGCAGGACUACGCCGACCCCGACCUGCGGCGUAAGGGCGAGGAGGUGAUUGCCCGCGAGAUGGGCGAGCACGCCAGCGAGCCGCUCAGCGGGCAGGCUCUCAGACGCCUGGAGCGCAAGAUGAAGCUGGUCAAGGAGGGGCAGCAUGACGUGUACCUGUGAUGAUGGGGGAAGCGGACGAUGGAAGACGGGGGAUUAGGGCGGAGAUCGGUUUGACCAGAGAGUGACUUUGGAGUGAGGUGAGGUCUACUGCCGGCCUGCAGUUUUGGCUUUUGGGUCGCAACCACCGGAGUUAUGGAUUGGUGUGGGGAGUGAGCUUUUCUGGUCCGGCGUGGCGGAGUCUUUUCCAUGCUUAUCCGCAAAGAUCUUUUGAGAUUCUAGUUUGGUAGAAUUCUUUAUAAUUUGUUUGGUAAAUGCGUGGGUAAUGCCACAAGCAUUGCAUGUGUUCAUGCUUGACAAGGAAUAAUGAAUCUCGCUGCUGUGUGCACGCGAUGCGGAGCAAUGAAGGAAAAAUGACACUUGUUAGGGAUGUGGAGGAGCUGGCUCUCUGUUUUUAUUUUUUGGGGCAUGUUUUCAGCUGAAAGCUGCUCAACCCCAAAUGGUUGUUUGGGGCUGAGGAAUUGCUCUGCUUAGAAGAGCGUGCAUCUGAACAUUGUACGGUACGGGAAUCGGUGAUGAAAUUGCCUGAAGAUGCACGAAUGAAGGAUUACCAGGUAUUGACCUGAGGAAUAUGUGGCCCAGUUGUUCAGGCGCCUUAAAUCUCAUCUUUAAUGUAAUCCAGAAAGCUGUAAGAAAAAGGGUUCCU